CUCCGGUGGGAUGAACUACAUCCAUCACCCAUCCCAUCUUCCACACAAACCACCAAGCCUCUCCCCCUAAUUGGAACCAACCAAACAUUCUCAAGCUCUUCCAUGACGACAAAAGCUGAGAAAUCAUAGCUCUCUUCCUCUUUCAAGACGGAGAAUUCUCCCCGCUCAAAAGUCCGUUACUGUGAUAUACUCACAACCAUCAUCAGACAUAUAACCUCAAGCUCCCCCAUCACGAACAUCAUGAACUCCCAAGCUCACCACCACCUCACUUCUUCCCACCCUCCUUGACUUUUCCAAGAAACUGCCACCAUUCAGCAACUAACAACUUCAAACAAAAUGUCACUCAAUAUUCCCAACCCGUCGCUGCCAACCGGUUCCACAAUCGUCCUCACAGGCGCAAACGGCUACAUCGCAAGCCACAUCGCAAACCAACUCCUCCUCCAAGGCCACCACGUCCGCGGCACCGUCCGCUCCCCGUCCAAAACAGCAUGGCUAGCCACCCACUUUGACAAGACCUACGGCCCCGGGAGGUUCACCCUUCACGAGGUCGCCGACGUCGAGAAGGACGGGGCGUUUGAUAAUGUUGUCAACGCAAUAAUGAACUUCUCCCCCAACGACCCUACCCCGGAGGAAACAAUAACCUCAAACGUAAACGCAACCCUCUCCAUCCUCCGCUCCGCAGCCCGCGCCGCUGCUCCCUCUCCAGACAAACCCGGCGUAAAACGCUUCAUCUACACCUCCUCCUCGGGCGCAGCCGCCAUGCCCCGCCCCGGAGAACCCUACACCGUCGACGCGACCUCGUACAACCAUCAGGCCGUCGCCAUCGCCCUCUCCGGAAAGGGACCCAAGGGCAUGGCGGGCGGGUACAUCACCUACUCCGCCGCAAAGACCAGGGCCGAGCUGGAGUUGUGGAAGUGGUAUGAGGAGGAGAAGCCUGGGUUUGUCUUGAAUUCGAUCGUGCCCAAUGCCGCCCUGGGCAAGGUCCUCCUCCCGGAACACCAAGGCUUCCCCACUGCCGUUGGCGCAAUGCGACCCCUCUGGCAGGGAAAAGUCACGCCCGAGUUUGUCGCAAUGUUCCCAGCUCAAUGGUACUGCGAUGUCAUCGAUAUAGCUCGAAUCCACAUCGCAGCACUCCUCCUCCCAGAUGUCCAGUCCGAACGCCUCAUCGCCUACGCAGACAAGUUCAAUAUCAACGAUCUCCUCGCCGUCUUCCGCCAAAUCCAACCAAACCGAACCUUCCCCGACGAUCUUCCUGAUCUCCCCUCCGAUAAGGGCACUAUUGCCAAUGAAAGAGCCACUCAGCUGAUGGAACGUCUUCAGGGUGCCAAGGGCUGGAUAAGCUUGAAAGAUUGCCUGGCGCCGUUGGCUGAGCAGUAUGCAGCGGCUGAGGCGGAAUCAAAGUGA